AUGAAGUUCAUUAAGCAGCCGAGGAGAUGUGUUUGUUUGGUCUUGAUCCUUAUGUUGGGGACUUGGUCUAGCGAAGCCACUUCUCGCAGCCUCCAAGAUACCUCAAUGUAUGAAAAAUACGAGCAAUGGAUGGUUCGUUAUGGACGCGAAUAUGAUGAUGUUAAUGAGAAGCAGAAGCGUUUUGAGAUAUUCAAGAAGAAUGUGGCAUACAUAGAAUCCUCUAAUAGCGAUGCAAACAAAUCUUACAAAUUAAGUGUUAAUCAAUUUGCAGACCAAACGAAUGAAGAAGUGAAAGCCUCAAGAAAUGGAUUCAAAGGGCGUGAAUACUCCACAAAGACUACUUUCAAAUACGAAAACAUCACAGUAGUACCAUCUACCAUGGAUUGGAGAAGCAAAGGAGCUGUAACGCCCAUGAAAGACCAAGGCCAAUGUGGAAGCUGUUGGGCUUUUGCAGCAGUGGCAGCCGUUGAAGGAAUUACACAGCUUACAACUGGUAAAUUAAUCUCUUUGUCAGAGCAAGAGGUGGUUGACUGUGACAUCAACGGCGAAGACAUAGGAUGUGGCGGUGGCUACCCUGACGGCGCCUUUGAGUUCAUCAAUCAAAACCAAGGGAUUAGCUCCGAGGCUAAUUACAACUACACAGGUGUUGACGGUAGAUGCAACACCCAAGCGACUCAUGCAGCCAGUAUAACUGGUUACGAAGAUGUGCCUGCAAGCAACGAGGAAGCCCUUCUUAAGGCUGUUGCCAAUCAACCUGUUUCUGUUUGCAUUGAUGCUGGAGAAUACGACUUCAUGUACUAUAAAAGUGGAGUCUUUACAGGAUCAUGUGGACUAGAAAUCGAUCAUUGCGUUACUGCGAUUGGUUACGGUGUCAGUGACAAUGGCACAAAGUAUUGGUUACUGAAAAACUCAUGGGGAAAGGAAUGGGGUGAAGAAGGGUACAUGAGGAUGCAAAGAGAUGUUUAUGCAAAAGAAGGUCUUUGUGGCGUAGCUAUGUUUGGAUCUUACCCCAUCGCAUAA